AUGUCUGUCGCCAGCUUAACCCGCGAUUCCGCUUUCCAAGCCCGUUCACUUUUUCGAUCAUUACUACGCCAAUCUAAACAGUUUUCAAAUUACAACUUUCGGGAGUACGCGCUCAGAAGGACGCGGGAUGCUUUCAGGCAACACCGGCACGAAACGGAGGAACGCAAAAUUCAAGAGCUCCUCCAAAAGGGAAUACAUGAUUUGCGAAUGAUGAAGGUCAGCCAAAAUUCACGGAUCGUUUCCGCUCAGACCCAUUGCAGCAAAGUUUUAGUUGGGAUGGCUACAUUCGAUUUUAGGUGGGAUGCUGACAUUUUUCUUUCAGAGGCAAACAAUUAUCAGCCAGUUCUACCAGUUGGACAGGCUAGUCGUGGAGGGACAAGAAUCGGUAUGGUAGAUGCCCUACGGGGAAAGAAACCGGGUCUGAAGGAGGAAUCGUGCGCCAAAAAGAUUCAGCCUCAAGUUGACACAUUUCGAUCGUCGCGCACCCGCUCACAAGGCCUUUCAGAAAGUGCGCACAGCAGAGUUCGGCCUGGCCAGGUUGAUCAUGAUGUUUUUGAGGGUUUGCCUGUCCGGCGCUGGUCACGCCAGCCAGCAAUCUUCUCCCAGGCCCCCAAGGCAGAAGAGCCUGAUAUAACGAGUACGAGUGCGCCUUCUAUACCGGAACUGCCAAUGCCCAAAGAUAGCCAUCUUUUGGCACCCUUGAGCCGCGCACUACUACGUGCAGCACGUGCAGGGUGCACAUAUAUCAAGCCCGCUCCGAAAGACAUAGGUAGUGGAGAGAAAGAAAACAAAGCGGAAGAGUCAGCUACCCAGCCGACUGUGAGUCGCGAGCGAGCGUUUACCACGGUGAGAUGGUCCGCUAUUCCACGGAAUCAAGAACCACCAGAGAUGGAGUUCUUAGCAAAGAGAAAACAUGGGCUGCGCUCUUUGUAUGGUGGUGUUUUACCAUCUGAUUCCAAUUCGGCGGCUGUGAUCGCACAGACCACGAACGAGGCCCCAAGGAGAAAAAUAAAAUUCAAGACGAUCGACGCUGUCUCCGGGACCAUAUCUAUAUAUGAAGCUUGGGUUUUAGAGGGCUAUAAGGUCGAAGGAGAAAUUGCAAGCGAAGCCGAAGUCACUGCUGAGCACCCCGAUGCGACUGUCGUUACUAUUUCUCCCACGCCAGGGACCAUAGUGGACGGCGUUGGAGUGGCCGAUCAAGAUGGAGUUAUUGUUGCAGAGCCUGAAGGUAGCAUGGUGACGGCUAUCAGACGCAGAAACCCCCCUCCCAAGCGAAAGGCUAAGGGAAUAGGUAGAGGAAGGAAGAAGAAGGUCAUGUUUUUAAAUGGUGAUAUCGCUUCAUCGCAGAUGCCAAAUGGCGACCCCUCAGUAGGUGAUGCACCACAGAAUUCGGCACCUACGCAGGGCACCGAUCAGGGGGUAAAGGAUGCAGGUGGUGAUGAGGAAGAAGAGGAGGAGGAAGAGGAGGAUGGUGACGGGAGUGAUGAAGAAUCUGGUGAUGAUUCCAAAUCCCAAAAGAAAACAGAAUCGCCCACAAUGUCCGUGAUCACCAACCACCAGGAAACACCAUCUGAUUUGCAGCCGGUGCUACAACAAGAAACCGUUCCUGAACAUCCGCCUCGUGACAAGUCAAGCUCACCAGACCUUCCUCUUGUCCAAGCGAUGGCCGACCGCACUACAACAGUAACAAGCGAUAAGGACCAGGAUCCACAUCCCCAAGAAACCUGUCAAGAAGAAGAAUCUCAACCAAUACCGAUAUCAGAUACGGCUGUUGUUGCACAACCAACUCUAAGUGAAGAUCAGAAUCCCAUACCAGUAACUGAGAAUCCCCUCUCACCUCCACCUGACACAGCAGUAUCUCCAAUUGGUAACAUUGAAAAACCUUCUCUUGAACCACCAGAUACCAAUCUUCCCCCUACAUCAUCCCCUCCCACUCCAGAAGCACCGGGGAGGCCGGAAGAAACACCACCCGCAGCCGAUGUCACAAUGACAGCACCACAGACAUCACUUUCUUCGCCAACACCGCAGACCGAGCCUAUUCAUUUCGAAGACGGAGAAGUCGACCUUUUAGGAAGCCUGGAAGCUAGUUUAGACCACCCCACGUCCACAGAAGCAGAGGUGAAGGAAACACAGCCAGCUCAAGAAUCGGAUAUAGCCAAACAAGAUAGUGGAGACGUAAAUAUGACUGGUUGA